AUGUGUGUUUAUGGGACCUCGUCUAAAAGUCGCAGCUGGUAUUCCGAGCCAGUUUCUCCCCCGCAGACGGCAGUUGGCUCCGACAAUGGUGUAUCCGGGCCGUUUAUGGUGGACGGGGACAGGAAGACUUUGCUAAGCCCAUUUUCGGAAUCUCUGGGACUGACGAGCUACUCUGGCCCGUUUAGCGAGGAGGGUGGUUCUGCGAAUGGGAUUGGUGCGCCACUAACUAUGGUGGAAUACGAUUGCGCGGUUCCCAGUCCCAAGCAGGUCCAGCUGGGGGCGCGGUUAUUGCUGACUUUAUUUGAGAACCUGUCGCUGUAUGAGAAUGUGUCUGAGAAUCUGUGGGAUAUGUCACCGGAGGGAUGUGUCGUUGGCUAUCAGCUCGUUCGUAUGCUGUUUACGGCUUUGAAGGACGCGCAUCGACCGUGGGCCAUAGAGGGUCAGGAUGCGAAGCAGCGAUACUUUGAGAACUUGAUGGGAUGGUCUCGGAAGAUAUUCAACGAGCGAUCCGAUCCGAUACAUUUCGACCCGUCGACAUCCCCUGAUGAGUAUAUCCGGUUAGUUGCCGGCCGAUGGGAGGGAAUUGGCUUGGUAUUCGCUGUCGUGGGACAAGGCGCAAUGCUGGAGAGAGAUUGGAAGUCGGUAUCUCAGAUCGGAGGUACUGUACCAGCUGAUCAACGGUCACUGGGGAUACUUGCUGCUACGGCCAGUGAUGCCUGUCUUCAAUUCUGCGACGACUCGGGAGUGGUUCAUAAUCCACUGGGUUGGCUUCUUUAUCAGCAUACCCAUCUACUGACUCUCGUUUAUGGUAACAAUGACUAUCGGCCAUGGCGGAAACUGGCUCAAUUGUCCACUGUCACAUUCAGUCUCAGCCUCCACUAUGCCAAACACCACACACGCAUGCCCUUCUUCCUGGAGCAGCUUCACAAACGUCUUAUGACCGGCGCCUACAGUAUGGAUAAGCAUCUCGCCACUUUUGUGGGACGGCCACCCCAAAUCAGCUGGCGAUACUGCGAUGUACAACUGCCCCUGGAUCUGGGAUACGACGAAAUCCUAGCCGAUCCGCACACUCGCGACAUUGCCCUCAGCAGACUAGACGCAAACGGCUGGAACACUGCCGGAGUCAUCCACAAGGCGCAAUGGAUGCGCGUGGCGCUUCUGAUUGGCUCGAUCAGAGAGCAGAUACUCGAGUUAUCGCUGAGUCGAUAUGUCGACGACCUUCCCCAGAAAGCCAAGCAAGUAUCUGAGAAUUCCCGCAGAAACUGGGACGAACUGCCCAGUUUCCUCCGCUGGUACCCCGGUCGUGCCAGCUCCGACAACAGUGACAGCCUACUCAUCCCGCUCUAUCUAGACUUUCUCUACAACGACUUUCUUCUCAAUCUGCUCCUUGUGAAGCGGUCGCAGAAUGGCCCUGAUGUCCUGAUUACCGUGGCCCAGAGGAUACUAAGCACAGUCCUGGAGCUCAUCGGGAAGGAGUUGGCAUCGGGAGCUGGCAUGUGCAAGAUAGGCUGGAACGCAUGUUUCUUUGGCAUCCCCGCUGCUGGCGUCCUAGCCAUCGAACUCCUAUGCCAAACCAAUGCGUCUCCACAAACCUCGCUCUCGACGUCUCGACGCCCCGAGACCAUCCAAAAUCUGAGUGUCUUCACCUCGUAUCUUCAGUAUCUGGUUCAACCGCAUGAAGGAAACUACCACAUCUGUCAGCAGGCACGGCGUGUCCUGGGGCAUAUCCUGAAUCACAUCUUGUCGACUCAUCCGCCGCCGCUGCCCUCUGCUCUUCCCACAGAUGCGGUAGCGGCGGACUGGUUGAAUGGGGAGGGAAUCUUGCUAGAGGAUGGGACGAGUUUUGUGAAGUGGGCCGAGGGAUCGAAGAUGGAUUUGAUGAGCAGUCCUUGA